AUGAUCCUUCUCUAUCCACUCCUCAUUUUACUCUCUCCCGUUUCCACAACCCCAAAUGCCGGUCAUUUCGAUUUGACCGAGUUCCGAAGAGUCAGUUACGAUGCGAAAAUCGGGGACGAUUUUCUGUGGUUCGCCCCGGAGCUGGAUAUCCGGAAGGUUUCCGCUGAGAACAUCGACCACUUAGAAAAACAGAUUGCGGAAAGAAUUCCAAAGAAAUCACAGGAAAAUUAUGUGUUUGUGACGAGCAAAGGAGGUCAGAAGUUCGCGUGCUCUUUGCCAGACGUUGAGGAGUUGAAGAAGCCGGACGCGCCGCGGAGCAGCAAGAAUCCAAAGAUCUACGGGGACGCGCUAGCCGCCUCCUUCUACAUUGACAAGUGCAUUCGGUUGCGAGGUAACAACUGGUGGGCGUACAUUCUCUGCCGCGGACAAACGGUCGAGCAAGUGCACGGAGAACGUGAGUCUCCCGUUGCGUCGGAAGGGAUGACGAGAAUUUUCAGCCGAGCAAGAGGGAUACGCGAAGAACAUUCUCGGCAUUUUCGACGGUACUUUCACGAUGCCGCCGUAUCACGAAUCGACGGAAGACCGCCUUCUUUACGUGGAAGAAUCGUAUUCGAGCGGAACUUUCUGUGAUUUGAACGAUAAUCGAGAACCGAGAAGGACGACAGUUCGGGUGAGAAGAGAGUGAACAGAAAGUUAAAAAUAAGGUCAAUGAAAUAUUAUUUAGUACGAAUGUGACGCCCAACUGAGCACGAACGAAGCGUACGUGCACUCAGUGGUCGAAGAGAGGCCGUGCCAGUAUCUUAUGACUGUCAAAGUGGGCACUCUGUGCCACUUCCCGGAGUUUUUGCCCGUCAGUCAGGCGAACACGAACGACAUCGGAUGCCAGCCGUACCUGAGUCUGGAGGACAUCAAAGGGUUGCUCAGAAAGCAGUUGGAAGAGAAGGAAAAACAGGCAGUGUUGGAGAAGGAAGCUAUCGAAGCGAGGCACUAUUAUAAAGUGACAGCCGAUAGAUUCACGGCGAUGAUGAAGGGAAAACGGUCGAUGAAUGGGUUCGACACUGUGAAAAUAGAUCUGGCGGAAAUGGAUUAUCGAGCAGGACACUUCAAUUUGAUGAUGAUCAAUAUGAGUGAGGGCUGGAAGCAGUUUAUUAUAAAACGAACGAAAAGUUACAGAGCUGAUAAAGGAAACGAUCACAAAAACAAAGAUGGACGCGAUAUGGACACUCCUGGAGACUUCCGAUCUCUCCGAUUACCUCCUUUACAGUAACAGUUCCAGACAUUUCAGAAGCGAACAAAUUCUGUUUUUCAGUCGAUUACGAUGACAUCACACAAGAGAACAACGGCCAUUUGUGGUACUAUUUCCACGAGCCGACGUGGCCAAAAUCGCAAUUUCCGAAAGAUAUCAAUGCGGCAGCGGUGAGUUUCGAAUACUGAGAGUGUAUAUUAAUAGAAAGAUUCAGAUGGAAAGUAAGUACAUUGACGAAGUGCGGAUGAAUUUGAGAACGCGCAAGUACAAAUACGAAGGCAUCGAUCCGUUGGUGAACUCGCUGGCAGACACGGUGAUGACUGGCUACAUCGAUUUGAAAUAUCAGAUGUUAAUCAGUGGAGAUGCCAUAUUCAAGGAAAUGGCGCAUCAUUAUUAUCUUCGCGAGAAGGAGUACGAAGACGGCAGUUGGCGGUUCUACGUAUAUAAUAUGUUGCGUACCAGAAAGUCUGUUGUUCAUGAAUUACUUGAAAUAUAUUCGUGGCCCGAAGACGACGGACCAGUGGAUCCGAUGGGCGGCUACGGGUAAGUUGAUCUGUUGAGACACUCGGAGCGUUUCGUUUGCAGAAAACAUCUCGUUUCACUUUUGUUCACUGAACUCGAGCUUCACUUGUCUCUCAUCGAGAGGAAAGACAGCUACGUGCAAAAUAAACUUCCGAAUUCAAUCAAGAGGGAAGUUAUUUACAAAACAGUCACUUUCGAGCCAGCAACUGGGGAGAUCAAAAAGAAGUUCGUAUGGCAGAUCUCUGUUCCAAAUCAGAAGGAAACUCUGAGACAUCUUGAAAUGGUAUACGAGGAUCUCCUCACCCCUGUCUAUCAACUGUUCAGUGUAAGUGACAUGUCUCUGUCAGCGAACACUCCUAUUCAAAAUACUUUCAGAUUGCAUAUUUCCAAGCGAAACUUCCUACCUACUUCAGUGCUUAUCCACGCUCAAUGGUUCAUCUGAAGAACGUCAGAUCCGACGACUACAGGUUCCACAUGAAUCUCGCGCGCGACCUGAUUGAUCUUUCGAGAAUGCUGGCGAUUGCAACGCUGACGAAACUGAAACAGUAUGCCAGAAAGUGAUCAACAACGUUUUAUGGAACAUUUCAGUAUUGUCCGUAUUCAACAAGGCUCCGACAAAGCUUACGAGUCUGAGCAGUUCUUCGAAGACUGGGAAAGUCUUCAGAAGAUAUAUGAGAGGGAAUGGAAAGAGCCGUACGUGGAACGGGUCGACUUUGCAUUCGUAAACGUGUUCGCGAAAGAAGGACCUCGGUUGGUGCAGGAAUCGAUUCAGAGGGAGUGGAAUAGGAUUAAGAUGCAAUGGCAGAACAAAUUCUGGCUUGAAGACUUGAAAUACAGGAAACAGGCGAAAGCUCUACACAAUCUGAUGCUCGGCGCCUUGGAGAUGGCCGGUGGAAGUGGAACACUCCAGACUCUCGGCGGAACAUCGAGCAGAAAGAAGUCGGAAGCGUCGGCAGCCAAUAAAAAGAGGGAAGAUGAUUACAUACUGUGGCAAACGAUUCAGGACAUAUUCGAGAAUAUGAAAGAAGGGACUAGAGGUUAGGAAAACUAUCAAAGAAUCAAUUCAAAGCCAGUUUCAGAGAGUUUGAUAGAGGAACUGACACUCGACCUGCCAGAGGACAGUUUUCUUGAAACGGGCGACAUGAAAGAGGUGUUCAGUCUUCUGGAAAAAGCGGGUAUGCUGAAUAAAGGUAAGUGGAAACACUAUAGAAAAUGGAGAGACUGUAUGUUUUUCAGAUGACAUGUCAAUAAAACUCGUCGAUUCCGAUGGUCAUGAAUUAUCCAAUGAGGAGCUCGAAACUUUGACAAAGAAUUUUUUGGACGAAAUGGAUUCGCAGGCGAACUUCAAAGAAAACGAGAAGGCGUACUCGUCCAAGUUUAGCACGAAUUCAGAAGACGAGGAAGAAGAUGAUGAUGAAUGA